CACUGCUUUGAGCAAUCCCAGGAUAACUAGCCAGCACACGUGUUGUGCUGCAUUUUGUAUCACAAUCGAUGGGCAUAUCGACAGAAUUGACCCCCUAUAUGGUCCACCAAUAUUAAUCGUGCAUAAUAUCUCAGAAACGAGCUUUUCGAUGGCAGGAGUAAAAUGAGGCGCUAAAUGGGUAUAUUUAACCAGUAUUGAAAAUACUGUAACUAUUUUGCAAAUGUCUUAAAUGUGACAAGAUUUUCAUUUCCACUGAAUUUAUUAUCUUGAAAUUUGUAGGACAAAAGAAAAGAGAAAAGCACUGUAUAAUACUGCUUUUCACUGCCGUGCAUAUUGUUCUUUAAUAAAGUGGCUGUAGCACGCCCAGUGAUGCACUGAUAUAAAAUCCUGACGUGCAGGGCUUCCCUUUGCCCCUGCAUCUGCUUGUUUUGUUCUCUGUCUCUUGCAUAAUCAAGCCUGUGUUUACACUGAGGGUUUCGACUGACCCAGUGAAGGCCUGCUAUCUAUGUCUUUAUAGCCAGUGUGGACAUAAUAAAACAUCCGCAGAUGGCCUUUUUUAAGGCACUACUAGGUAGAUGCUCACUGGGGUUGUCUGGUACUGGUAGUCUCUGUGUAACAUGAGCAUGGAUGGUCCUACCUAAUGAAAGUGAUUGUAUUGCAUUACAGAUGGACUUUUUCUGAGCUCAUAAUCCUUCUAUCUUUAUCAAUUAUUUCUAAUUUAUUAUCAAUGAUUUUCAAAUUUUAUACUAAAUGUUUGCAAUAAAGUCCUCUGUUGCAAAUUCAAAUUAUUAACAUAUUCAAAAUUACUGUAAUUUAAAGAAAUGAGGGGUAUUUUGAGGAUGCAAGAUCAGUUGGCAAAUGGACAGUAGCACAGAUCAAGAGAGGUCUGUCAAAAUCCACUUUAAUAACUCUAACGAGCUGAAGGUACAUGUUUUUCUGUAUAGACUGAGGUCUACAUUGUAGUUUACCACACAGUGUAUCAUAAAUCACAACACAGCACACGUGGGUGCUACAUAUUCCUGUAAACCAAAUUAAGAUGAAAGGCUGACUACAAAAGCAAUUCAUCAUUUUUAUUACCAUCAUCACAGUACACUGCUGACAACCAGCAAUUAACAGCUUGUCUUAAAUAAUAAUGAUUGUGUUGUUGUUUUUUAAAAUAUGUUUUAAUAGCACAUCCAAACUGCUCACUACUCUCCUCCUCUCUAAUAAACUGCUCUCUUUCAACAGCACUGUCCUCAUUGCUCUUAAGAAAGUCUGUGUUACUCCUUUCCAAAAAAAACCCCUCUCUGAACCCAGUCAAUGUACACAUUACUGACCUGUCUCACUCCUCUCAUGUUUAUCUAAAACUAUUGAGGGUGCAGUGUGCAAUCAACUGUCUCUCUUCAUCUUCAGCAGAAUGUCCUCAAUAACCUCCUCCACAGAACAGCACAGACUUUCCAGUCCUUACAUUCUGUGGGUCAGCUUAUGUAAAUUUGGAUCAUGCAUAAGUUGAGCGCAUCUGCAGUUUUGAUCCACACCAACAAAAAAAAUCACACUGAGCCAUCCAGCAUACAUAGGGUAAAAGGCAGAGUCCCGGAGAGCCAGCAGCACUCACAAUCCGGUUGGCUGACUUUGAGAAGUAAUUUGCAUAUGGGAGGUGUGUCCAAAGUCUGAGAGCAGAUGAAUGACUUCUGCCUUUCACACUGUGAGAGCAAAGCCAUCAAGGGAGGUCUGGCUGAUCAGCGGGGGGAGAAAAUGUAUCAGUGGUAAAAAAAUUUCUCCAUUUCUUCGUGCUGGAGUACGAACGCUGUUGUGCGGAAAUAUGCCCAGCGAUCAGCGCCACAUCUUACGGGGAAAAUUAUGGGGAUUCUGCAUUCUCCUGCCUCUCAUUAGCCCUCUCUCCUGCUUUACAAGUCAGGCGAAGGAACUGAUCUACAAAAUCAGAGAAGGAUUACCCAGGGGAACCUUCAUAGGAGCCAUUGGUGCAGACUUACAGUUGGAUUUCUCUGUUGAUCCUCCUCUUUUAUUCAAUCUGGCUUUAAAGAUUAGCCAGCAGUAUGUGAACCUAAAUGACACCACGGGUGAGCUCUACACAUCUGCCAAUGCAAUAGACAGGGAGACUCUGUGCCAGGGCAACCAGGGGCCACGAGACUGUUCCCUGUCCUUGGACAUCUUCAUCCUGCCCCAGCAAUACUUCCAGCUGGUCAAAGUCAGGAUUUUGGUGGAGGACGUGAAUGACAACAGGCCCAGCUUCCUAUCAGACGAGAUCCAGCUCUUUGUCCCAGAGAAUGCCCCGGUAAACUCCAGGUUCGCACUGGAGCAGUCAGCGGUCGACCCCGACGCCGGGAUUAAUGGGGUCCAGACCUACUGGGUGGUCAACGACUUUGAGGUGUUCACCUUGGAUGUGGAGGAGAGCGAGGGCGGGGAGCUGACCCCCAUCCUCAUUGUGACAGGCCCCCUGGACCGAGAGACCACAGACGCGUAUGAGACCAGCAUCAUUGCAGAGGAUGGCGGGACGCCCCCCCUCCUGGGGACAGCCACGCUCAGGAUUGUUGUGACUGACGUCAACGACAACUGCCCUCAGUUCCAGGAGAAGCAGGUCAACGUCACGCUGUAUGAGAACACAACCAAAGGCUCGCACCUGGCACACCUCCACGCCCACGACCCCGACCUCGGCGCUAAUGCCCAGAUCACCUACACCUACAGCGAGCGGGUCCCCCGGGACGUCAGGGCCUUGUUUCACUUGGACAAGGUCACCGGGGUCAUCAAGCUGUCCGGCAAGAUCGACGGCAGCACGGCCAAAUUCUAUAAGCUGACCAUCCUGGCCAACGGGCCUGCCUGCAUACCCGCCGUCGCCAUGGUGAUGGUACGCAUUGUGAAGUUGUCGUCUGGCCCACCAGCAGUGAUUCCUCGAUACAUCGCCUUGGAGAAGGACGGUGUGGUGUGGCUGAAGGAGUCAGAGUCGGCGUCUUCCCCCAUUGCCUUUUUCACGGUGAAGAAUGGGGCAGAGCAGCGACAAAAGGUGGAGUGUCACCUUGAAGGGGAGGGGCCUUUCAGGCUGGCCCCUUACAAGCUAUUUACAGAUGAGUACCUGCUAGAGACCACCGAGGUGCUGGACUACGAGCAGAGGCAGGAGUAUGAGCUGACCAUUGUGGCUAGGAACAGCCACGGUAUGGUCAUCAAGACCUUCAUCAGGAUCCAGGUGACAGACGAGAACGACAAUGCACCCAUCUUCAAGCAAGCUCAGUUGGAUUUGUUUGUGGAGGAGAACAACUCACCAAACACAUUCCUGGCAAAGCUGCAUGCCACGGACGAGGACAGCGGAAUCCGGGGUGAGGUGAUCUACCUGCUGGGCUCUGACGCACCGUCCAUCUUCAGCUUGGACCGGGAAACAGGCGUCCUGACUGUGUCCACGUCUCUGGACCGGGAGGAGCAGGAAAAGUACCGAUUCACAGUCCGGGCACUGGACCGUGGGUCACCACGCCAGGAGACCGCUGCCACAGUCAUUAUAACUGUGGUGGACCGCAAUGACAACAGCCCUCGCUUCAUCAAUAAGGACUUCACCUUCUUUGUGCCAGAGAACUUCCCCGGGUUCGGUGAGAUCGGCGUCCUUUCAGUCACCGAUGCGGACUCAGGAAAGAAUGGCUGGGUGGCACUGUCUAUCAUCAAUGGCAGUGACAUCUUCAUCAUCGACACAGGGAAGGGUGCCCUGAGAGCCAAGAUGCCCCUGGACCGAGAGCAACAGGGCACCUACUUCCUGUGGAUUGAGGCUGUGGAUGGGGGCGAGCCUUCACUCUCCUGCAUCACCAUGGUGACCGUCCUGCUCCUGGACGUGAACGACAACCCACCCUUAGUCCUGUUCCCACAGUCAAACCAAUCGUACAUGCUGGUCCUACCCAGCACUCAGCCCGGAACAGCCAUAACUGAGGUGUAUGCAGUAGACAAGGACACGGGCAUGAACGCCGUCAUAGCCUACAGCAUCAUCAAGAGGAAGGGUGGGGAGCCAGGAUCCUUUGACAUCGACCCUGACACGGGCAACAUUACGCUGAGGAAGACACUCAAUGACAGGGGCCUCUAUAGCCUCCUAGUCAAGGUCAGUGACCAUGGCCAGCCUGAGCCUCUCCACUCCAUGGUCCUGGUCAACCUGUUUGUCAAUGAGACGAUCAGCAAUGAGAGCUACAUCCAGAGCCUGCUGAUGAGGGAGGAUGAGAUAGAGAUUGAGGAGGCCCCACUGGGCAGACGGACAGAAGGCCCUGGGAAGGAUGAGGUGUUCCCAUGCCGACUCAUGGUAAUGGCGCUCUCGGCCACCAGCCUGGGCCUUCUGCUGCUGGUGGUCCUGCUUACCACCUACAUCUGCUGCAAGGUGAAAAUGCACAAACACAGCAAGGUGCCCAGGAAAAAGGAGGUGAACCCUGAGUUUCAGGAUGUUGACAGGAAGCUAAUGGAGAUCUCAAAUGUAUGACCGUCCUUUUGUGCUUUAGGAUGGGAACCGGUUGGGGGGGGGGGGCUAUGAUUCCUACCCCGGCUGUUUACAAGACUUUCAACGCUCAUGAGGAGGGGUGUUUAUUUUAUUUCUACAGAGAACCUAAUUUAUGAGAGAAAAAUAUGAAUAUAUUGUACAUAAUGGAAUGUUUUAUAAUUUUUGUAACAGGAAAAAGCAGUGUUUCUUUUAUGUGUAAGGCACAUGACAACCUUAGGUCUGACAGGCUCCCCCAGGCUUUGAAAACAAACGUUGUCCAACAAGUUGAAAAAUUGAAUAAUGGCUUCAGGAAUGUAAUAUCGCUUUCACCUGAAAGCAGCAGAGUAAUCAUCCUCAGUGCACAAUAUCUGACAAAUAUCUGAUUCAUAUGUCACACAAAAAGGAAUAUGACCCCCUUUCAUUUUAAAAUCCUCAGAUCUUUUUUAUUUCCCCCUCCAUCAACAUAACCCUUAAGAGUGAACAGUUUUCGUAUUUUCAUUUUAGAGUCCUUCGCAGACUUUUAAAGCUUAUUUAUUCGGGAAUGAUCUUUGCACAUUUUUGUCCUCUUUGAAUUUCCCUUUUCCUUAAGGUUCUCAGGUAGAUUGCUGAGCCAUGUUUGUCACAAGAGUGUUACGUUUAAGUGAUCCUGUUCAGCCCCAAUUUAUGGCUUUACAUCCUGAGUCCAUCUUGUCAAUAUCAUGUACAAACAAAAUGCAAAUAUUAAAAAGGCCUUUAUUUUCAUAGUUA